AUGUCACGAUUCGUAUUGCAGGCUCUGGCGACGGUGGCGCUGAUCGCAGGUGGCGCUUCCGCUCUGCGAGAUGGUCUUCAGUUGAGUGAGACGUUCGGCGGUCCUCACGGAACGAAGUACUCCGACGUAGAGGUGGUUUCUCCUGGACAAACCGUGCAGGGCCUCUGUAUCCGGUCCGGCGAGCGUAUCAAUGGCGUUGGCCUCGAAAUUACGUCCCCAGCGGGCGAGAAGACUUCGAUAUACCACGGUGGUCGUGGAGGUGAAAAAGAAACGUGGACGUUUGGUGCUGGUGAGUACAUUACCGGCAUCGAGGCCCACUGGGGUGAGAAAGGUGAUCACACGCGCAUCAAGUACAUUAAGUUCACUACCAACAAGAACAAUACGAUGGAUGCUGGCAACCCCACGAAGGACAUCGGUAAAGACACUGCUCCAGAGGGAUACCAACUAGGUGGAUUUGCUGGCACAUGCGGCAAGGAACUCGACUCGGUGGUAGCCAUUUGGACUAAACUUGAAGCGUAGGUUGACCAGUGGUCCAUCUGCUCCCGAGACUAUUACGUUCAAGGUUAUAUGUAGUUGUACGCUGCUUGAGCUGCCAUAACAGGUUU